AUGGUUCUAGAUGAAAUGCUCUAUCUCAAUCUUGAUCGCCCCUCCAACUUGUCAAUGGUGGUGACGCCACCAGCAGAAAAUGACCCCCAGACAAAAGACUCCAUAUUUGCCGAUGAUCCCUUGAGGCGUAUCUACCGUCUCACCCCGACACCCACGAUCGUUUUGGAUGGCUCGCUUCGGAUACUUGAGGUUUCGGACAGCCAUCGUGCGCGAUUUCAUCAUGAUCGAAGCCAGCUAAUAGGCUCCAGCAUCGAUAAGGUAGCGCCAGAGAUUAUUCCCGUAUCGGAUAUGCUAUCCAUGACCCACGCGUUGGAUUCAGCCAUUGCCACACGCACCGUCCAAGUCCUCGGCUCUAUUAACCACUCGCUCCGAAUCACUCCAAUCUGGGAAGACGACAACCUGAUAUAUAUCUUGCUGGAGGUGCACGACGUCAAGCGGGAAAAUACUAGGCCGAAGCUCAACCAUGAAAGAUCCCUUAACGAGACCUACAAGAUUUUGAUCGAUACCGUGAAAGACUAUGGUAUCUUCAUGUUGGACACCGGCGGCCAUAUUAUGACCUGGAACUCCGGCGCAGCAAUUCUUAAGGGUUACACUGCAGAUGAAGUCAUUGGUCAACAUUUUUCUAUAUUCUACGGACGAGAAGAUCGCCAGAAGGACAAACCAGCACGAGAGCUCGAAGUAUGUUUGCGGGAAGGCAAAGUAGAGGAUGAAGGGUGGCGAUACCGCAAAGAUGGUAGCCGCUUCUGGGCCAACGUCAUGGUCUCACCUAUCUAUCAAUCGGAUCUCCAUAUUGGCUUUGUCAAGGUAACUCGUGAUCUGACAGAGCGCAAGGCUGCCGAGGCACGACUCAUAGACGCGUUCGAGGAGUCUUCGAAGCUCAAGACCGAAUUUUUGGCCAACAUGUCGCACGAACUCCGCACUCCCAUGAACGGGAUGUUCCUUGCGUUGACGAUGCUGACUAGGACCGAACUCAAUGAUGAUCAACGGGAAUUUUCGUCCAUUCUGGAGGACUCGACAUCGAUUCUUUUGCAAGUUAUCAAUGACAUACUGGACUACUCAAAACUGUCAUCUGGUUCAUUUUCACUUAACGUCGACGUGCUAGAUGUGCCCAGCGUGGUCAGCGCUGUCAUACGGAACUGCCAAUCAGCAUUGAAGCCCAGCGUUGUAUUGACAAGCUCAGUCGAUGCGGACUUUCCACAGAAUCUCAAAGGUGAUCCACUGCGCUUUCGACAAGUCCUCCAGAAUCUCGUCAGCAACGCCGUGAAGUUUACGGAGGAAGGACAUAUUCACGUCAUUUCUUCUUUCCAGUUGAAUGAAGCGGACCAUCAAUCUUACGACAUUUCUGUGCAAGUGGUGGAUACUGGCAUUGGCAUUCCGGAGGAAGUCGCAGGAAGCACUCUUUUCACCCCGUUCACUCGGUUUGCAGACACCACGACGAGGCAAUAUCAGGGAACUGGGCUUGGACUUUCAAUUUGCAAGAGUUUGGCGGAGCUGAUGGACGGGGCGGUCGGAUUCCAUCCAAACCCUGAGCGCCCAGGGAGUGUUUUCUGGAUAAAAGCCAAGGUGGGACGUAUUGGUAUGCCGUCCUUACAACCACGACUGAUCACACCAGCCCUGGGAACAUCAUUCGACCCGUCGAAACUCCUCGAAAAAGUCGCUCCACAGAAACAAAUUCUUCUUGUUGAAGACAAUAAAGUUAACCAGAUCGUCAUGAUCAAGCUAUUGGAUACCCUCGGCUUCGGUCGCGUGGAUGCGGCCUGGGAUGGCGCCGAGGCUGUGCGCAUGGUAAAACAGAAGCCUUUUGCGUACAAUGUGAUCUUGAUGGAUAUUAGCAUGCCUAUUAUGGAUGGCAUGAAAGCAACCGAGCAUAUCCGCCAGAUCAACAACGACGUUCCGAUUAUUGCACUGACCGGUAAUGCCUUAAAAGGUGACGCCGAGAUCUACCUUGCAAAGGGCAUGAAUGAUUACAUUGCUAAACCCCUUCAUCGUCGACAGUUGGUUGAUAUAUUGUGGAAGUGGUGUGGGUCAUAG